AUGUCGACUCUCGCGCCACGAAAUCUGCUCCGAACGUCGUCCAGAAGCCUCAGCCGAAGCACAAAAGCUCCCCUCAGCGCCUCCGCGACACUCGUCCAGCAAUCUUUCCGCCCGCACGCCUCUCGCAUUGCCCGAACACCGUCUGCCAGAGCCUUCUCCGCCGCAAUGCCUGCCAGAUCCAAUGCACCGCCGUCCGGCCCAGCGCCCGAAUACGACCCUGAGAUCAAGGACAUGGCACACUACAUCCACAACUACAAGAUCGACUCGGAGCUGGCUGUUGACACUGCACGCUUCGUCUUCCUCGACACGCUUGGUUGCGGUCUGAAGGCGCUUGAGUUUCCCUCAUGCACCAAGCUGCUCGGCCCUAUCGUUCCAGGCACAACUGUGCCCAAUGGAGCUCGCGUACCGGGUACCCCAUACGUGCUCUCUCCCAUCGAUGCUGCUUUCAACAUUGGUGCUGCAAUCAGAUGGCUGGACUUCAACGAUUGCUGGCUGGCUGCUGAGUGGGGUCACCCUUCGGACAAUCUUGGUGCCAUCCUUGCCGUUGCCGAUUGGAUGAACAGAACCAACAAGGCUGGUGGACAGAAGAUCAACAACGGCAAGACCUUCACCGUCCUCGAUGUUCUCGAGGGAAUGAUCAAGGCACACGAGAUCCAGGGCUGCUUGGCGUUGGAGAACAGCUUCAACAAGGUUGGGCUGGACCACGUCGUCAACGUCAAGGUUGCCUCCACUGCUGUCGUCUCGCAAAUGCUCGGCUUGGACGAGGAGCAGACUCGUGCCGCCAUUUCCCAGGCCUGGGUCGAUGGGCAGAGCUUGCGAACCUACCGUCAUAGCCCCAACACCAUGUCUCGCAAGUCCUGGGCUGCGGGUGACGCUUGCCAACGUGCUGUUGAUAUGGCUCUCAAGGUCUCGAAAGGCGAGGGCGGUCUGCGAACGGUCCUCUCCACGCCAACCUGGGGCUUCUACGAUGUCAACUUCAAUGGACAGAAGUUCAAGUUUCAGCGCCCUUACGGCAGCUACGUGAUGGAGAACGUCCUUUUCAAGGUCUCGUACCCUGCAGAGUUCCAUUCUCAAACAGCGGUAGAGGCUGCCGAGCGUAUCCACCACCAGCUCAAGGAAAUGGGCAAGUCCGCUGCCGACAUCGAAGAGGUCACGAACCGCACUCACGAGGCUUGCAUCCGCAUCAUCGACAAGCAGCACAAGCCCAUGGAGAACUAUGCCGACCGUGAUCACUGCGUGCAAUACAUGGCAGCCACCAUGCUUGUCUUCGGCCGAUUGACUGCCGAUGACUACACUGAUGGUGGUGAAGCAGCCAGCAGCGAGCUAGUCGAGAGCCUUCGCCAGCGCAUCGCCUGCAAGGAGGAUCCAGCUUUCACAGAGGACUACCACAACCCAGAGAAGCGCACCAUCUCCAACGCUCUGACUGUCAAGUUGAAGGAUGGCACCGUUCUGCCAGAGAUUGUCGUCGAAGCACCUUUGGGCCACAGGCUCAGGAGAGAAGAGGCAAAGCCAGAAAUCCUCGCAAAGUACAAGCGACACAUUGAGCCUCAUUUUGCCGCCGACCACGUCAAGAAGCUAGUAGACUUGGGCAACAACCCAUCGGAACUGUACAAGAUGCAGGUCGACGAGUAUGUCGAUCUGUACGUCAAAGACAAGAUUUUGUAG